AUGUCGACGUCCAUGCUGGACAUUGACAAGGAGGCGGCACGCCAGAAAUCGCUGCUCGAAGACAACGGCGCCGCGCGGGCCAGCAGCACAAAGGCCGACAAAACCAUGGGCGAGCAGAUUGUCGAUGCCCUGCCGAUCCCGUCGACGACGGCCCCCGUCACGGACCCAGACACGACGGCGCGCGGCAGCCAUGUCACCGACACGCCGACACUGUCCCACGAGCUGGCCGUCGACGGCCAGCCCGGGCACGACAAGGGGGCCGCCCAGCAGGCGCACAAGACGAACGAGGUCGCCGAUCUCGGGUGGCACGACAGAAAACAGGACAUUGUGUCGCCGCUCGUGGGCGGUCUCGGCAACGAGGAGCUGUGGCUGCUCACCCGACGGUUCAACAAGCAAAUGUACCACGUCAAGGCCGUCGAGACGCCCGUCCCCGGCAACCUCGACCUCAACAUUGCCGACGAAGAAGAGUUCUCGCCCGACAAGCUGCGGGCCAACCUGGAGCGGCUGUACAUGACGGUCGGGAUGGGCAUGCUGGCGGCGUACAAGCACGUGGCGCGGAUCCGGUCGUGGCGCGAGACGCCGCGGACGGCGACGUUUGCCGGCGUGUACCUCGUGGCCUGGCUGCUCGACGGGCUGGUGCCACUCGGCGCCGCGACGCUGAUUGCGCUCAUUGUGUCGCCGUGGGUGCGCGAGGCCAUGUUCCCGCCGGCGCCGCUUGCGCUCGUGGGCAGCGACGGCGGCGUGCAGAAACCUAGGGCCGGUGUGCUCGGCAGCCACGACAGCGCCACGGGCGCCCCCGAGAACCACAAGGGCGAGGCCGCCGAGGCCGAGGCGACCAACUUUGUCAAUACGGUGGCAUCGGUGGCGCUGGCCAGCGCGGCGGGCAAGCAUCCCCAGGGUGAUCCCAACAACGGUGACUACGGAGACGACGGCGAUAACGGCAGCGGCAAGGACGAAAAGGGCGGCAACGAUACAGUACCCGACCCCACGGCCCUCGCCACAGGUGUGGCCGAUGCCAAAGACGUGGCCCGCGGCGGCCAGCCCAGCGCCAAGCACGACAAGACCAAGGUGCCCAUGGAGACGGCCGUGUGGACCAAGAUGCGGCCCGUGAUGCACGGCCUGGCCGACGUCGCCGACACCUGGGAGCGCAUGGGCAACGCGCUGUCCCCGACGCCGCCGUUCCCCGGGCAGAUGUACCGCUUGCGCCUGGCGGCCGUGCUCGUCCCGCUGUUCCUCGUCUCGCUGUUAGUCUCGUCGUACAUGUUCACCAAGGGCGUCACGCUCGGCGCCGGGCUCGGCUUCUUUGGCGACCCGGUGCUGUCGCGCGGCUUGUCUUUGCUCAACCGCAAGUUCCCGCGCUGGCAGAAGCUGUUUGCGCUGCGCAACACGCUGCUCAAGGGCGUGCCCACCAACGCCCAGCUCACGCUCACGCUGCUGCGCAUCGGCGAGGCCAACAAAGCUCCAUUGCCGCCGCCGCCGCGCCGGCCGGCCGACAAUGCUCCGCCGCCCAUGCAGCCGGCCUCCGUCACGGACGCAGACUUGCGCUCGACGGGCGCCGGGCCGCCGCUCAAUGCGACGCCGGCUGAGCUCGACGCAGUCAUGUCCCAUACAGAGAGCGCAGGUGCCGCCAGCAGCAACACGGGCGAGGCCGACAUCAACGCCGGCAAGGACGCCAGCCACGGGAAAAAGGGCAGCCGCCUGCUGGGCCUCUUCAAGGGCACCACCAAGGGCACGGUCAAGGCGGCCCUGGGCACCAACAGCCUGCGCGCCGCACUGGGCUCGCGCCACGCCAAGGAGCGCCAGGGCGUUGUGGAGCCGGCGGGCGGCGAUGCGGACUUGACGUCGGGGCCCGUGGAGUUCCAGGCGCGCUACGAGGGCAAGCGCGGAAGCGUCUACAUUACGGCCAAGGCGACCAUCCCCGCCGUGGCCUUCAGCACGGAGGUGUCGAGCGACCCGGACACGGUGCACCCGCGGUGGAGCAUUCCCAUUGGCGACAUUCAAGAGCUGAAGAAGAUUGGCGGGUUCGGGUGGAAGACCAAGAUUGUGGUUGGCUGGUCGCUAGGGCGGGAGAUGGCGGACGGGCUGGAGAUUACAGACCGCACGGGGACGACGUACAAGGUGACGGCGAUUCCACUGCGGGACGAGCUGUUCAACCGGCUGGUGGCCAUUGGCGGCCAAAAGUGGGAGGCUUGGUAA